AUGGCUGGAAUAAAGGUGUCCGCAUGGGAUGCGGAAGUUCAUGAAAUCAGUAGUUUUUUUCUGUCUAGGACUCUUAAUGUCUCGCAUUUGCCACACUCGUUUCCAGAUGGCUCCGGCGUCGCUCAGUGGGACAGGCGAAAAGUCACCGCCGAUUUUAUCAGUGUGCAGGAGGCUGGAAAAGCAGACAAAAUCUCGGUUCAGUGCCUCAAUCCUGACCAAAUGUCCCGCUUGGUGCAGUAUCUGGAGACGGGGCGCCUAGACUACCAGAAGGCACUGCGGCUGCAGCAGUUCUUCGCGCGAAAGCCCGCCGAAGAGGCGACCAAAGAGUUCCGCAAUGUUUUGAUUCUCACGGAACACGCUCCCGUCUUCACUGUGGGCAUCCGGUCGAAUGCCUACACGGCGCAGGAGGUGGAGAAGCUCCAGGACAUCGGCGCGGACUUCUACAAAACCAAUCGUGGCGGACUGAUUACCUUCCAUGGGCCCGGACAACUUAUUGCAUAUCCGAUACUCAACUUGCGUCACUUCCAGCCCAGCGUGCGGUGGUACGUGGGCAAGAUCGAGCAGACAAUCGUGGAGUUGUGCAAGAAGUUCAACAUUCGCGGCGAGAGGACGCGCGACAUGGGCGUGUGGGUGAAAGACAAGAAGAUUUGCGCUCUGGGGCUGCAUGUGAGCCGUCAGAUCACAUCGCACGGCAUGGCGCUCAACUGCAACACAGAUCUGUCCUGGUUUCGGCACAUCGUGCCGUGUGGCCUCGUGGGCAAGGGCGUGACGUCGAUCAGCGAGCAGCUGGGCAGAAAUGUGGAGAUCGGCGAGGUGAUUCCGCCCUUCCUGGACUCCUUUAAGGACACCUUCGAGUGCCAGCUGGAGAAGUUCCCGGAUGCCGGCCGCUUUGACCUGUUCAACUACAUCAACGAGGACGACGGCCAGCCGGAUGAUGUGGCCAAAGUGAAGAGGAAGCAAUAAAGGGUGAUGAGAAGCGCUUUUAUUAGUCAAUAGGAAUGCGAGUAGUAGUAAAUGGGAUUGUA